AUGGUAUCAAGAUACAGAGUUGAAUACCAGCUGAAAUCGCAUCGUAAAGAUGAAUUAAUUGAGUGGAUCAAGGGCCUUUUGGCGGUGCCAUUCGUCUUGCACUCUGCUGCGGACGACGAAAGUAACAGACAAUUGAUACGCCAAAGAUAUGCAGAAACAUUCAAAGCUGUUGAAGAGCUGGUCAACGAGCAAGUGGAGGUACGGGAACAGGUCCCGGCUGAAGACUUUGUACACCACCGGCAAAGAACAAGACUUGCUCAACUCGUCCCCUCAGUAGGGGCAUUUUUCACAAGAUUGCCCUUGGAAAACGCCUUUGCACUAGAGGACCGCAAAAGAGCCAUUUCUGCAAGAGUAAUGGUCGCACCAAGUUUCAACGAUAUCCGUCACAUCUUGAACACGGCUCAAAUCUUGCAAAUGCGUCAAUAUCACGACGCCAAGCUUGUCACGUUCGAUGGAGACGUUACGCUGUAUGAAGACGGAGGCUCACUCACAGAACGCAGUAAAGUAGUACCGUACCUAUUGGAUCUUUUGAGACAAGGUGUAUACGUUGGGAUUGUCACUGCUGCGGGUUAUGACGAGGCUCAAAAAUACAUGGAACGUCUUUUCGGUUUCAUGAGUGCAUUAGAGACCGACACGACCAUUAGCGACCAAUUGAAGGAAAACGUGGCAGUUCUGGGUGGUGAGUCUAACUAUCUCUUCCGGUACAAUGCAAAACUGAAAAAGCUGGUUGCAAUCCCCACAAAAGAUUGGAUCCGGUCGCCCAUGCGGGAAUGGAGCGAGUCGGACAUGACAGAGACGCUGGAUUUGGCCGAAUCGCUACUGCGUAACUUUCGAACUACCCUGAACCUACCCGAGGAGUCUACCAUCAUCCGCAAGCCGAGGGCGGUGGGCAUUGUUCCGGGCAACAGAUGGAACCCUGAAACGAAGCGUACAAUUCGUGUGAAGAUGGACCGCGAGCAGCUCGAGGAGAUGGUGCUCACUUUGCAGCGUCGUAUCGAAAACUUUGCGCCCGCACGUCGCAUUCAGUUUAGCUGUUUCGAUGGUGGCAGCGACGUAUGGUGUGACAUUGGAGGCAAAGACCUGGGUGUAGCUGCUUUGCAGCACUAUUUUAGUCCCGAGAAUCCAAUCAAGCCGUCUCAGACCUUACACAUCGGAGACCAGUUUGCCCCCAUGGGGUCUGCCAACGACUUUAAGGCUCGGUUGGCCGGAAGCACAUUGUGGAUCUCGUCGCCUCAAGAAACCGUUGAAGUUCUACAAUGCUUAGCACAUGGUUUCGACCAUUACAAGUAG